UUUUUUUUCGUGAAAUAACAAUUGCCAAAACCCUAAUCGAAUCGUUUCCUAUUGUGGCCAGAUAGAAUAGUAAUAAUAAUAAGUAAGAGAGAGAGAGAGAGAGAGAGAGAGAGAGAGAGAGAGGAGUUCUAUUGUGAACCGGAUGCAGAAAGAGUCGCCGACUAAAAAGGUGAUAUAAAUAGAGGCUUGUUGGCAGGGAGUCACAGUGGGAGUUUCGCCAUGGCCGAAAGCUCUUUCAAGAACGAAUAUCCUCAGGUAAGAUGUUUCAGAAAUGACCCAAGCAGAGGAGAACACUCCAGAUCCGGCACCCAUGAUUGUUGAGAAUUCUGCAACCAUUGACAUUCCUGACCUUGGAAAGAGGAAAAAUUCGUCAAGAAAAGGAAGGAAAAAUUUGGGGCCCGUUGUUUGGCCAUGGCCCGUUAUUGGUUUAGAACCUUUUGAUUACAAAUUGGUUUCGGAGACCAAGAUUCCUAGCCACGUUGUGACUCGUAGCUGUCUUGUGAGGAUUCAACCAAAGGGCUACAAGGACCACCGACCUUGUUUAGAUCCACCUUGUUUAGAUGCUGUGUAUUUGAGGGAGAUACGCCCAGAUCUUAUACCAGUGAUGGUGGAGAAGGAUGCAAGGAGUUACCUUCCUGUCAUGAACAUGAAGAAAUACCUUGUCCGUCGUGAUAUGCCCAUUAGAGAAUUUGUUAAUUUUAUUCGGUUUAAUAUCAAGCUCAGCAGAAAAAAGCCUAUAGUUGUCUGUUUCAAGAACACUAAACCUCCCACUGGUGCCUUGAUGUCUGCAAUCGAUGAGGAAAAUAAGGAUGAAGAUGGAUUUCUUCACAUUACGUACAGUGGAAAAGGAAUACAGGAGAACAGUCGCAGCAUGUGUUUCACCUUGGAUGAAUGCUCAUACAAGAACACAUAUCCUCAGGGAAUGACACAAGCAGAAACAAAUCCAACACCAGUAAGAACUUCACAGAAUCAGAUAUGUUUAGUUCCUAGUCGUUCACAGGCCAUAAUGUUUGACAGUCCUGACAUUGAAGAAAAUCUAAAUUGGUCAUGGCCCAUUAGUUAUUUAGACAAUUGGAGGAGUGUCGCCGAGAAGGCUUUGAGGAACCCUGGAAAGAAGAGGUACAAAGGCCUCCUUACUUCUUUAGAUGGUGAUUAUUUGAGGGAGGCGCGUCCAAAUUUUAGACCAGUGAUUUUGGAGAAAGAUGCAAGGAGUGGCAUUCCUGACAUGGUCCGGAAGAAAUUCCUUGUCCCUGAUGAUAUGCCUCUCGGAGAUUUUUUUAAUCAUAUUCGGUUUCAAGUCAAGCGCAGCAGACAGUUAGUCGUCGGCGCAAUAAACCCUAUAUUUAUGUUUUUCAAGAACACUAAACCUCCCAUUGACGCCUUGAUGUCCGCAAUCUAUGAGGAAAACAAGGAUGAAGAUGGAUAUCUUCACAUUACGUACAGUGGAGAGGAGAGUGUAUGUGGAUCCAAUGAAGCACAAGAAUGCAUGCUAUGUGGUAGAUCUUAAGGGAAAGUGUAAAAUCUCGGAGGUCCGAGUGAAUGAUCUGACUUGCUUAAAUCCUCAUCUUGUGGCCUUAUUAUGGUGCUGGAAAUAUGUAGUUUUAUGACAUUGAAAGAAAUGGACUUGGCGGCUGCAUGCAUGGAGUUGAAAUAAUUUUAAUGA